AUGUCCAAGCUACCCCUCGUGCCGGAACGAGUCAGUAUACUACAGACACAGUUCCUCUUUCGUUCUUUAUAUUUGCCAGAAGAUGCACUGCUUGCUUGUCGGUUACCUUAUAUCCGCAAUACCAGAGGAAACCAGUGGUAUGCUCUCUCUCAUACAUCGCUUUGGAAAACGAUGCUGUCUACUACUGAGGAACCCGAUACUCGAUCACUCAAGGCUGCUAAAUGGCGCUUUUUGCAACGGGAUAUAGAGAUCCGCCAACGAUGCCAAAACUCCAAACUGCUUUCUAGCUGCCAGCGUAGUCGCUGUGUACGCUGGAGAUUAGGCUGGCUUCCUGGUGGUAAACCUCGACCAUGUCCUAAGCAUCCAAUGCAGCAGCUAUCUAAGAAUCACGCUACUAGUUGCCUUGAUAUGCAUCGACGUCUAUCCAUGCCUGCAACUAUACGCGAUCCAUUGUCAUUCAUUCCGAAUAUGCUUCCUUUACGCCCUUCGGUUCCCCCAAACCUAGUCCUAAUCUGA